UAAUUAUUACAUAUUAUGAAAGAUAUAGAAAUAAAUAAUCUUCAGCAGCAUUUGGAGAAAUUUAAUCAAUCUCAAGUACUGAGAUAUUGGAAUUCUUUAACCCAUAUUGAAAAAAAUGAGUUAUACGAAGAUCUGAAUCAAAUUAAAUAUGAAAAUAUAGAAAAAAUAUUUAAUGAUGCUAUCAAUGAUUUGGAAGUCUCAAAAAAAUUAUUAGAUCCUUAUAUUGAACCUGUUUUUGAAGAAGAUCUAGGAAUUUUUAAAUAUACAAGUAAAGCGUUGUUAAAAGAAUAUGAAGCAUUAGGGUUACAAAUGAUUAGGCAAAGAAAAGUUGCUGUUAUAUUAAUGGCAGGUGGAGUUGGUACUAGAUUAGGAGUAAAUUACCCAAAAGGAAUGUAUGAUGUUGGGUUGCUAUCAAAUAAAUCAUUAUACCAGUUACAAGCAGAGAGAAUAUUAAAACUAAAUCAAUUAUGUCAUAUGAUAAAUAUAGAUGAAAACCCACUCUACACAUUUCCAGGAUAUAUAAAUUGGUGUAUUAUGGCAAGUGAUAAUACAAUUGAUCAAACCAAAGCAUAUUUUGAAUCUCAUCGUUAUUUUGGGCUCGAUCCUAAGUCUAUUAUAUUUUUUAAACAACAUUCCAUACCUUGCUUGGACAUGACUGGAAAGAUCAUAAUGGAAUCACCAAGCAAAAUAUCUUUAUCACCAGAGGGGAAUGGUGGAAUUUACAAGGCCUUGCUGACAUCUGAAGUUUUAAAUACUCUCCUUGAAAAGGGUGUUGAAUACAUUCAUGUGUAUGGAGUAGAUAACAUACUUGUCAAAGUGGCUGAUCCUAUAUUCAUUGGAUUCUGUGUAAAGAAGCAAGCUGAUUGUGGAGUCAAAGUGAUCGAAAAGGUUGAGCCAAGUGAGGCUGUAGGCGUGGUGUGCAGAGUUCAAGGUAAGUAUCAAGUCGUCGAAUAUUCCGAAAUAUCGAUGAAUACGUCCCACAAAACCAACCCCGAAGGCCAUUUGUUAUUCAAUUGCGGCAACAUAGUCAAUCACCUUUUCACAAUCGAUUUUUUGAGGAAAGCUUGCCAAGAACACGAAACCUUAAAAUAUCACGUGGCGAAAAAGAAAAUACCUUACGCGAAUGAAGAAGGCGUGACAAUCAAACCUGAUCAACCUAACGGAAUCAAAAUGGAAAAAUUUAUUUUCGACGUUUUCCCGAUUUCUAAAAAGUUUGUCGUUUGGUCAGUCGAAAGGGAUCAAGAAUUUUCUCCGCUCAAAAAUUCGGACGUAGGCAGUAGCGAUUCUAACCCUUCUACCUGCAGGAAAGAUCUUUACGCUUUGCACAAAAAGUAUGUGAUUGAAGCCGGUGGAACAUUCGUCGAUGAAAACGGGACCAAAAAAUAUGAUAACUCGAAUGGCGCUUGUGAAAAAAAUGGCGAUGCUAAUUAUAACCCCAAAUCCAAAGCUGAAUUUGCUUGUGAAAUAUCACCCAUCGUUUCCUACGCUGGAGAAGAUUUAGAAGAUUACGUUAAGGGUAAAACUUUCCGAUAUCCUUUCCUUUUGAAUUAUGAGCUUGAACGCAACAACCCUUCCAUCUUGAAUAUCGUGAAAGGCGAGCCUGGAGACAAUGAAAAUAACAAUCAUUCCAAUAUAACUAACAAUGAUAAUAGCCAAGAUAACUUUUAAAACAAAACCCACGAUAAUGAUUCCUUGUUUACUUUAAAUGAUUCAUAAAUAAAAUGUUUUGACCAAAUAAUUUAAACAAAAAAAUGAUUUCAAAAAUUAAAUAAUUUAUUGUUUUCUUAGUAAACUUUCACAGUAUUAUGAUUUAUAUGACAUUUAAUCAUAAUUUAUUUAUAAAAAAAAUUUAUUAAUGCGUUGGUAAUAUACCAAUAAGCAUUCUUAUUUAUAUUUAUCAAGAUUUUUUUUGUGAUAUUUAAUCAAUUAUACUAUAUAUAUGGGUAAUGUUUUUUCUUAUUAACAUCAUGUUUGAUAAUAAAAUUUAUUUUUUAUACUAUUUUAUAAAACAUUUAAAAAAUAUAAAUUGAUUUACAUUAAAAAGAAUAAAGAAAUAAAAUGCAGCAACGUGUUACUA